AUGAAGGAGGAGGAUGUCCUCAAAUUCCUCGCUGCAGGCACCUACUUAGGUGGCACCAACCUCGACUUUCAGAUGGAGCAGUACAUCUACAAAAGAAAAAGUGAUGGCAUCUACAUCAUCAAUCUGAAGAGGACCUGGGAGAAGCUGCUGCUUGCAGCUCGGGCUAUUGCUGCCAUUGAGAACCCUGCUGAUGUCAGCGACAUCUCCUCCAGGAACACUGGGCAGCGAGCUGUGCUGAAAUUUGCUGCCGCCACUGGAGCCACUCCGAUUGCUGGCCGUUUCACCCCAGGGACCUUCACCAACCAGAUCCAGGAAGCCUUCAGGGAGCCAUGGCUUCUAGUGGUGACCGAUCCCAGGGCUGACCACCAGACCCUCACUGAGGCGUCCUACCUGAACCUGCCCACCAUUGCCCUGUGUAACACAGACUCACCUCUGCGCUAUGUGGACAUCGCCAUCCCGUGCAACAACAAGGGAGCUCACUCAGUGGGCCUGAUGUGGUGGAUGCUGGCCCGGGAAGUACUCAGCAUGCGUGGCACUAUCUUCCGUGAGCACCCAUGGGAAGUUAUGCCUGAUCUUUACUUCUACAGAGACCCAGAGGAGAUUGAGAAGGAAGAACAGGCUGCUGCUGAGAAGGCGGUGACCAAGGAGGAGUUUCAGGGCGAAUGGAUUGCACCAGCUCCUGAGUUCACUGCUGCUCAGCCAGAGGUGGCUGACUGGUCUGAGGGGGUGCAGGUGCCCUCGGUGCCCAUUUAG